AUCAUCACAUCUUGUCUCAACAGCCCACCAUCACAAUGACCACUCAAGAACCAGAACCAAACUCAACUUCAGAUCACAUCCUGGACUGGCUUGAAGAUUCAGUUACUUUCUUCCCAACUUUCUUGGAUGAUCCUUACCAUUCAAAUGACAUCAAUGGCCUUCAAUGGUGGGAUGAGAGCCAUGAUCUGAUUCAUUCCAACACCACCUCUACUUCUCUCAACAACCCUACUAGCAUUGCUCUCCCUACCACCACAAGGCCCCCAAAUCCCACAAAUUUGAAUCAUCAGUCGCCGUCUGAUUCGUCCAAGAAAAGAAAAGUCUCCGAUGACCAACACAUUGAUCAGAAGAAUCAUGUCCGUCCGAUCAGUCUGGCGGGCCAGGGGGACCAAUUAGUUGAUGAAGUAGUGGUGCCAGUUAAGAGAACAAAUGGGAACAAAAAAGGCACAGCUAAGACGACAGGGAAUAACUGUAAUAACGGUAAUAGCAAGGAGGGGAGGUGGGCAGAGCAGUUGCUAAACCCUUGUGCUUUAGCCAUCACAGGUGGGAAUCUGACACGUGUCCAACACCUUCUGUAUGUUCUGCAUGAACUUGCCUCUCUUACAGGCGACGCCAACCACCGCCUGGCGGCUCAUGGCCUCCGAGCACUGACUCAGCAUCUGUCCUCCUCUGGCCCCAAUGGCUCUGCCUCAGCACCACCUGUUACUUUUGCUUCCACAGAGCCAAGAUUUUUCCAAAAGUCUCUGCUCAAAUUCUAUGAGGUUAGUCCAUGGUUUGCUUUCCCAAAUAACAUUGCAAACUCUUCAAUUCUUCAACUUAUUGCUGAAGAAUCUGAUCGAACCCGAAACCUUCACAUUGUUGAUGUUGGUGUGUCUCAUGGUAUGCAAUGGCCUACUCUGCUUGAGGCCUUGACUCGGAGGCCGGGUGGUCCUCCCCCAUUGGUGAAGAUCACAGUUGUUUCUGCUGCUGCCAACACUGAAAAUAACCAAAACAGAGAGACCCCAUUUUCAAUAGGUCCUCCCGGUGACAAUUUCUCCUUUAGUCUUCUUGGUUUUGCCAAGUCCAUGAACAUCAAUUUACAGAUCAACCGCCUCGACAAUCAACCUUUACAAAAUUUAAAUGCUCAAGUGAUUGACACCUCCAACGACGAAAUGUUGAUUGUCUGUGUGCAAUUUAGACUCCACAACUUGAACCACAACACCCCAGAUGAAAGAACUGAGUUCUUGAAAGCACUGAGAAACAUGGAGCCAAAGGGGGUGAUCCUAAGUGAGAACAACAUGGAGUGUAGCUGCAACAAUUGUGGGGACUUCGCCGCGGGGUUUUCGCGGCAAGUGGAGUACUUGUGGAGGUUCUUGGACUCAACUAGCUCGGCGUUCAAAGGGCGAGAGAGCGAUGAGAGGAGAGUGAUGGAAGGAGAGGCAGCAAAGGCUUUGACAAACCGCGGAGAGAUGAAUGAAGGGAAGGAGAAAUGGUGUGAGAGAAUGAGGGGGGUAGGGUUUGUAGGGCAGGUGUUUGGAGAGGAUGCCAUAGAUGGAGGAAGAGCCUUGCUGAGGAAGUAUGACAGCAAUUGGGAGAUGAGAGUGGAUGAGAAAGAUGGGUGUGCAGGGUUGUGGUGGAAAGGGCAGCCUGUUUCUUUUUGUUCACUGUGGAAGACUGAUGUGAAAGUAAGUUACAGUUAA